GAAGCGAGCAACGAAAUUGAUAGCCACGUAAGAGAGAGAGAGAGAGAGAGACGGUGGGCUCACAGUCUCGGAUCGACGGGGUUCUUCUGGGGCUCCGGCGAAACUGAGCUCUGCGAGAUAGAGGGGGCGAAGAAGGAGAUGUCAGACCUAGACAGACAGAUAGAGCAGCUCAAGCGAUGCGAGCCCCUGAAGGAGUCCGAAGUCAAGGCUCUCUGCCUCAAAGCCAUGGAAAUCCUCGUCGAAGAAAGCAACGUCCAACGCGUCGACGCUCCCGUCACCAUAUGUGGAGAUAUUCACGGUCAGUUCUACGAUAUGAAGGAGCUUUUUAAGGUCGGAGGCGAUUGCCCCAAGACCAACUACUUAUUUCUAGGAGAUUUUGUUGACAGGGGAUUUUAUUCCGUCGAGACAUUCCUACUUCUGCUUGCUUUAAAGGUGAGAUACCCGGAUAGAAUAACACUGAUUCGAGGGAACCAUGAAAGCCGGCAGAUCACUCAGGUCUAUGGCUUCUACGACGAGUGCUUGCGAAAAUAUGGCUCUGCAAAUGUGUGGAGAUAUUGUACCGACAUCUUUGAUUACUUAAGUUUGUCUGCGCUUAUCGAGAACAAAAUCUUUAGUGUCCAUGGUGGUCUCUCUCCUGCCAUAUCCACCCUAGAUCAGAUUCGAACAAUUGACCGCAAGCAAGAAGUACCUCAUGACGGUGCAAUGUGCGAUCUCUUGUGGUCUGAUCCUGAGGAUAUUGUUGAUGGGUGGGGUUUGAGUCCCCGUGGUGCUGGUUUCCUAUUUGGUGGAAGUGUUGUGACUUCCUUCAAUCACUCCAAUAACGUUGACUAUAUAUGCCGUGCGCAUCAGUUGGUGAUGGAGGGAUAUAAAUGGAUGUUUAACGACCAAAUUGUGACAGUCUGGUCAGCUCCAAAUUACUGUUACAGAUGUGGUAAUGUAGCUGCUAUUCUGGAGCUCGAUGAGAACUUGAACAAACAGUUUCGCGUAUUUGAUGCUGCACCGCAGGAAUCAAGAGGCACUCCUGCCAAAAAACCGGCUCCAGAUUACUUCCUUUGAUUUUGUCUGUGAAGAUUAACUUUUUACACAUCCAAGAUGAUUUGCAUUCAUGUUGAAGAUGGUUAGACCCGCCAUUCAGUUAAGCCGGUGUAUUGGGUAGUUCAUCACCAGCUCCUACUGGCAGGGUUUGCCUGCGACCAUCUGUUUGGGUUGUUGGUUUUGCCUCAAAUUUUAUUUUUUAUUUUUUUUAUUUCGCAGGCUUCUACCAUAUGUAAUGUUUUGAUAGUGUGUAUUAAUUAGCGGCGUAUUAGAGGAACCCCCCCCCAAGAGAAGAGGACCAUCAUUCUUGUUUGUUUAGGAGAUGGAGUCACAGAAUCAGUGCUUCCGUUGAAAGAAAAAUAUGGAUAGCUGGACACCUGAGAGGAAUUUCUCAACAACAUUAAAUUUUGGGAAGACUUCCAAGAUCCAUUCUUGUUUUGUCUUCAGGAAGAAAUAAGAUUUAUGGUGUCCAUUGUUGACUGUGAUGUUUCCUCCUCCCUGUUAAUUAAGCAUAGCUCGGUGCUUUCAUUUUUGCUA